CCAUUUGCAAACGCGGUUUGGCAAGUCGUUCCUGAGGCGCUGCUCUGUUGCUGGCGCUUAUUUUAGCCAGGCGGCCCGGCAAGGAGAUUUUUUGUAUGUCCUAAUCCGGGUUCGGAGGUGGAGUGCCAGGAUUUUGUUCAUGUUUUUGAAGAAUUUUGAGUGGAGUUUGUGGGCAUUUUUGCAACCUCGGACUGUGGGUGUGAAGGGUUUAGAAUUGGGAUUAGAGGCAAGGACGUGGGUAGCCGAUCUGGACCAGAAAGGCUCUGGGUAGAAGAUAAGAAUGUCCCGUGGGUUGAUGCAUCUUUUAUUCAGCUGAUGAGAUGAUUGCCCGUUUUAGUUCAUGGCUGUAGAUUUCAUGAGGGAGUGAAAAAGGUUCAGUGGUUGCUUCCGAAGCGGUCAUAUCUCAUUCUCUCGUGGGUGGUCACCAGCGUUGAUUAGGGAUAGCUUUUAGGGUUCGAGGCGCAAGAGUUGAGCAUUGGCAUCUAUUACGGGUGUUUGAACGUGGGCUCAUAUCUAGGGUUGUAAGCGAGUCAAGGGCCUACCUGCCUCGUAUUUUGGUGGAGUCUGGUGCAUCCCCAUGGUUAAAAGGAGGUUGAGGUUGAGAUAAUCUGAUAUCGGCAGCUCGAUUGGAUGCGACAAUGCGAAGUAAAAUUAUAAGCCUUACGAGCAGGUUUUGAACGUAGUUAAUUACGCCCCAGCCACUUGAUGUCUUUAGAUGUGAAGAGCUUUGCAUGGAGCAGAUGAGUAGGACUCUAUUAUGGAAAACGUAACGUCUUCUUCAGAUGAAAGCAAAUUGCAGUGACAAUGACUCAUCCUACGCAGCUGUUGCCAUUACAAGCCUCUGGAAGAGCUUCUUUUCGUGGUGACCAGGCAAUUGUGGAUGCUCUGGAACCAGCCUUCAUCAACACACCGCCUGCACAGAUUGAGGCAAGAGCACCUCUUAACUCUGAACGCAACCAUAAUGGAGAGUUCGUUGUUGUAACUCUGGAAGAGCAUCCUACCCCUCGGGUGGGAGGAACGGGUGGAGAAGGUUCGGACUUGAAGAAUGUGAAUUCCAAAUAUGGCUCUGCGGGUGAUGACGUUGAAUUGGGUUCCAAAACGGGAAACAAGCAUCUGAGUAAUGCCUCCAAGGAUGACGCCGCUGAUGGAGAGACAGUUUGCCGGGUUUGUCAUCUGGGGUUCAGCUCUGGCAACUGCGAGAGUAUUGUGCUAGGCUGUGCCUGCAAACAAGACCUUGCUCUCUGCCACCGCAACUGCGCGGAGGAAUGGUUCAAGAUCCGUGGGAACACAGUGUGCGAGAUUUGUGGCGAAACGGCGAAGAAUGUGCACAUACCUGACCAUGUGGAAAGUACUUCAGCUCGCCUAGAAGCUGACGGAACCAGCGUACACACACACCGAGUGUUUGUCAGAUCUACAGCUAUGUCGAGACUUAGGUACAUGUGGGCGAAUCAGCUUAUCAGGAACUCACUGCUCGCAUCCAUGAUUGUGGUAUUCAUGGUUCCCUGGUUCUUUCGCAUCGCCCGUUUCUAAACAGCCUCGAUCUUAUGAUUCUAGUUUUUAAAGCAUGUGCCGAUAUCAGUUGGUAGGUGUAUAUAAAUUUAACAGUUUUACAGGAAUGAGUCCUGCUCUUUGUAGUUUUAUUAGAUCUGUAAACCUUGCCGUCCUAUUCUCAAUUCAUAAUGCCUUUCAUUCUUCUCUUGUCUAUUCCGGCACAAGUGUUUUUUCCAGCUAGAAACUGGACAAAAUAAUACAGGCGCUGCCGUAUCUGUUGUGAUCAAUAUGGUUUAUAGAGUAAAAGGUGUGAAUAUUUACAUGAU